AUGGCCCCGCUGGAUGUGGCCCUGCAGGGCUUCUCGGUGUUCGGCCUGGUUCUGUUCGCGGUUCUGUGGCUCAUGCACUUCAUGUCCAUCAUCUAUGUGCGUCUCCACCUCCAUAGGAAGAGGUCAGAGGUCAAGCAGCCGUUUGCUCAGGUCCUGGGCGUUUCUCUGCUGAAGCCGCUGAAGGGCGUCGACCCCAACCUGAUCUCCAACCUGGAGACCUUCUUCACCCUGGACUACCCCAAGUACGAGAUCCUGCUGUGUGUCCAGGACCAGGACGACCCGGCUGUGGACGUCUGCAAGAAGCUGCUGGGAAAGUAUCCCAACGUGGACGCCGGACUGUUCAUCGGUGGGAAGAAGGUCGGGAUCAACCCCAAGAUCAACAACCUGAUGCCCGGAUACGAAGCAGCCAAGUACGGACUGGUGUGGAUCUGUGACAGCGGCAUCCGAGUGAAACCCGACACUCUGACCGACCUGACCAAUCAGAUGACAGAGAAGGUGGGUCUGGUCCACGGGCUGCCGUACGUCGCCGACCGUCAAGGCUUCGCCGCGACGCUGGAGCAGGUGUACUUCGGGACGUCUCACCCCCGCUCCUACAUCUCGGCCAACGUGACAGGGAUCAAGUGCGUGACGGGAAUGUCGUGUCUGAUGCGGAAGGAUGUUCUGGACCAGGCGGGGGGGCUGGUGGCCUUCGCCCAGUACAUCGCCGAGGAUUACUUCAUGGCCAAGGCCAUCGCCGACAGAGGAUGGAAGUUCUCCAUGGCGACGCAGGUGGCGCUGCAGAACUCUGGCUCCUACUCCAUUGGUCAGUUCCAGUCCCGCAUGAUCAGGUGGACCAAGCUGCGCAUCAACAUGGUUCCUGCCACCGUCCUAGAGCCCGUCUCUGAGUGCUUCCUGGCCAGCCUCAUCAUCGGCUGGGCUGCACAUCACGUCUUCAGGUGGGACAUGAUGGUCUUCUUCAUGUGUCACUGCCUCGCCUGGUUCAUCGCCGACUACAUCCAGCUGACGGGAGUCCAGGGCGGCGCCCUGAGCUUCUCCAAGCUGGACUUCGCCGUGGCGUGGUUCAUCAGGGAGUCCAUGUCGGUGCAGAUCUUCCUGUCGGCACUAUGGGACCCCACCAUCAGCUGGAGAACGGGUCGGUACCGGCUCCGCUGCGGCGGCACCGCCGAGGAGAUCCUGGAUGUGUAGUUACCAUGGUUACCAGCCGCCCGCCUGUUACAGAGGCAGCAGAGACUGAUGGUUUUAUAUGAGGCAGUCUGUGUGUGCGUGUUUUUUAACUAUUUAUGUUUCUGUUGGUGCUAAAAAUAAAACAAGUCAGUCACAGCGCAGCACCGAAGAACGACACACCUGAGCUCUGAUCAGCCAACCAGGACAGAGUACCAGCCACUCUGACUUCUCAUUGGUCCUCACUGCUUAUAACUUCCAGGAAAUCAGAGCAGCAACAAGACUUUUACUUUGGAAUCCACAGGAAAUCUGAUACACUUCUAAUCCACCUACGUGACUUACAGCGCCCCCUGGUGGUCAUGUGACUUAUGGGUCUGAGAAAAAAUUGAGUUACUUGGAGAGGUUACUCAAACGCCCCACCGGACUCUGAAAGGGUCAUAGCAGUCGACCAAUCAGAGGCCAGCAGCGCUGUAAUUAAAUGACUCCUUUAUUCUGAAGGUCCAAACAUUUCAACAGAACCGGACCAAAACAAGGAAAGGUGACACAUUUCUCUGCAGCUGCAGUCCAUCAUGCUGUGUGUGUGUGUGUGUGUGUGUACGAGUGCUCACCCUCGGGUGUUCGGUGAUGACAUCAUCAUGUCGGAUGAACCCCGUCUGAAUGUUUGAGUCUUUUUUGUAUAUUUUGUUUAUCAUUGUUACAAACACCUGCUGUAAACGGACCAAUCACGGACCAGGACAAUAACCCGUUUCCAGUCAGCGAUUACGCUGUGAUUGGCUGAUGGGAGAGGCUGUGGGCGGGACUUUGACAGACGCACGGCAGCCAUUAUUUGUAAGGUUUAUUUAUUUAUUCAUGCUCCAACUUCCUGUCACACCUUCAGAAUAAAUGAAGAUUUAACAAACUUUAUGUGUUGGAGUCCAGACUGACCCCUCCACCCCCAUCAUGCAACAAGGCCCCGCCCACAAUGACGUCACAGCCAUCAGACACAUUCACAAAGUAAAAAAAAAAAAAGCCCAGCAGGG